GGAGGGGGUUAGCUUCUUUGUGGAAUAGCAUGCUGUAGGCUAUGAUUCAAGAUGGCGUCUUCGAUGACGCUUCACGACGAAAAUGCCGAAUUAGUUUAGCUAAACUCGGUGUCGAAUUUCCCUGGAUUUGUAUGCUUUUCUCGGAGAAACAUCAGAAUGGAAUACUAUCAGGAAUAAUAUGGAGAAAAUAAGAGACAGGAAGAAGAGGGGCAAGAAGUCCUCGUCUGGUGGGACACAAGACGAUGUCAGCACCACCAGUAGAGACUCCAACAAUAGCUCCAACAGCAAUAGCAACACCAGUCUUCCAAGCAUUGCUGCCUCAUCCACCACAUCCACCACCGCAACAACAAUGAACUACACCACCUCGACAGCGGCGGCGACCGGAAACAUGCGCCUGCCCAUGUCGGACAAGAGGGCACUGUUUCAGGAGAAAGUGCGGCAGAGCAACGAGGCGUGUCAGAACGCCGACUUCCAGCGGGCUAUACGCCUCUACACCGAAGCGCUGGACCUCGAUCCGGCCAAUCAUAUACUGUACAGUAAUCGGUCCGCGGCGCACGUGAAGCUCAAGGAUUUUGAGAGGGCGCUCACGGACGCAAUCAAGGCGAGGGAACUAAAUCCAAAGUGGCCAAAGGUAGGAAUUGUUAUGAUUUAUUCAUUUUUUAAUAUUUUUUUUAGCUAAGCAGAUAAGAAAUGGCAGCAUCCUCUUUAGCAGGUUUUAUGACAGUGUUUACUGGCAUAUGAAAUGUUUAAUUAUACUUUGAUAAAAAAAGUGACACUGUUUCUUUAAUUUUGUUUUCUUCUCUUAGUUCUAAUUUUUUCUUUCAAUUCAACCAUUCACAUCAUAAACGACUUUGUAAGAAAAUUAUCAAAUUACUUUUAAGACACUGCAGGAUCUUGCAUUUGUUGCGCUGCUUUCUGCAAAUCUGCACCCAGAGUGCAUAAAGAAUAUUGCUGCAACAUUUAUUUGUAGCCUCAAUAUCAUAGCAAUAUCACACAAAUGAACUUUGACAUAUUCUAACUGCAUAAAACCUUUCUUGAUCA